AUGUUAUCCCGGAUACACGAGGGACAUUUAGGUGUAGAAAAAUGUCAGAGAAGAGCGCGUGAAGUCAUAUGGUGGCCGGGUAUGUCUGCCGCCAUUGAACGUGCGGUACUUAACUGUCAGACUUGCCAACGGCACCGCGCGGCCAACCCUCGCGAGCCGCUGGUGCCACAUCCUAUUCCUCGCCUACCCUGGGAAAUCGUGGCGGCCGAUAUAUUCGAGUUCAAAAAUAAAUACUAUUUGUUAGUCGUAGAUUACUACUCAAAAUUUUUAGAAGUUACACAGAUACCUAACUUACUCAGUUCAUCGGUUAUACAUGUCAUGAAAGAUAUUUUUAGUCGCUUUGGAAUACCGGAAAAACUUGUUACUGAUAACGGCACCCAAUUUACGUCACAAGAAUUUUGUAAUUUUUCUAAGUCUUGGGAAUUCAAUCACGUGACUAGCUCGCCACUUUAUCCCAGGUCAAAUGGUCUCGCAGAGCGUAAUGUACGAACUAUAAAAACAUUAUUACUUAAAUCUCACGAAAAUGGUGAAGACUGGCAUUUAGCGUUACUUAAUUUUAGAAAUACACCAAUUACAGGGGAGGUUUAUUCACCAGCACAGUUAUUAAUGAACCGCCGAUUGAAAACCAAGCUACCUGCUACCGAUAAGUUGUUAGAAUCCAAUCCAGUCUCUUAUAAUGAUAACUUUAAAUAUAGAUUAAAUAAUAUUAAAAAAGGCAAAAAGUAUUAUGACCGUGGUACACGAAAUUUAGUGCCAGUGUAUCCCCACGAAAACGUACGCAUGAGGCAGAAAAAUGUAUGGGUAAAGGCCGAGGUUAAAAAACAAGAGCAUGGUAAUCGUUCAUACUGGUUGGAAACUGAAAAUGGUGGAAGGUACCGUAGAAACCGUACGGAUAUUUUAAAAUUACCUAAUUCGAAAAGCGAUUGCGUAAUAAAUCGUAAAGAGAAUAAUUAUUAUAGUAAGUAUUUAGAUUGGGACGAUAGUGAGACGGUGCCAUCAACGAGUUCAUCCUUUCGCGUAACGGGACACGGCAACGAGGCCAAAACUCAGGAGGACAAUACUCAGGGUGUUCAGGUACAGGUAAAAACUACGAGCAGCGGCCGCGUAGUAAGGUCACCCGAACGAUUUGUUUGUCAAUAG